AUGGCACCUGUUGAAGGAAAGAAAGGCUUUUCAUGGUCAAACAUCGCUGUAGGUAGCGUAAUGAACAUGUUUGAAGUAUCUACACUUGGUCAGCCACUUGAAGUUUGUAAGACUACUCUCUCCGCUCAAAGAUCCUUGUCCAUGCGUCAAGCCAUUUCUCUCAUUUACUCGCGUGGUGGUCUCGCUGGUUUCUAUCAAGGUCUGAUACCAUGGGCCUGGAUCGAAGCUUCUACAAAAGGCGCCGUUCUUCUUUUCACCGCCGCUGAAAUUGAAAAAUACUCCGUUACUGCCGGGAUAAGUCCUGCUGCCGCCGGUUUACUCGGUGGUAUGGGUGGUGGUAUCGCUCAAGCAUACGCUACUAUGGGUUUCUGCACCUGUAUGAAGACUGCUGAAAUUACAAGACACAAGGAGGCCGCAUCAGGCAUCACCCCUCCAUCAACCUGGAAAGUCUUUGGUGAUAUCUACAAAGCUGAGGGUAUUGCCGGUAUCAACAAAGGUGUCAACGCUGUCGCUCUCCGUCAAAUGACCAACUGGGGUUCAAGAAUGGGUUUUGCUCGUCUCUCAGAGAGUCUCAUUAGAAAGGCUAGGGGUAAGACAGAUGGUGAAAAGCUCAACUUGGCAGACAAGGUCGCUUCUGCUACCUUUGGUGGUGCACUCGCUACUUGGAAUCAACCAAUCGAGGUUGUUAGAGUUGAGAUGCAAUCUAUGAGCAAGAGCGCUGACGUCGCCAACAAGCCAAACGGCGUCUUCGGUACUCUCGGCUACAUCUACAAGGAGAACGGUGUCAAGGGCCUAUACCGCGGUGUCACCCCUAGAAUCGGUCUCGGUGUUUGGCAAACUAUCUGUAUGGUUACUUUUAGUGAUAUGGUCCGCGAAGCUCUCGGUGCCAAGUAA